AGCCUGACACAUGGAAUGACACAUUCGCAUCACCGGGGAAGGGGGAGCAAAUGGCUUCCAGUGUGUCACUGACAUAGCGGUGCGCGACAUCCCCAUCACCGGAUCGUUUGUACAGCGUCAGACGUGGAUUUCUCCCCCCUCCCCGCUAUGGAGCACAUCAGGCUACCAAAGGUUGAAAAUGUCCGUUUACUUGACCGUAUAUCCUCCAGGAAAGCUGCAUUGGGGACCUUAUAUCUGACAGGGACCCACAUCAUUUUUGUGGAAAAUAUAUCUGAAACACGUAAAGAAACCUGGAUCCUUUACAGCCAGAUCUCUUCUAUUGAAAAACAAGCAACUGCAACCAGCGGUUGUCCAAUACUUAUCCGCUGCAAAAAUUUCCAAGUUAUUCAGCUCAUUAUCCCUCAGGAACGAGAUUGCCAUGAUAUUUAUUUAUCCUUGGUACGUCUGUCACGACCAGUAAAAUAUGAGGAGCUUUAUUGCUUCUCCUUCAAACCAAAUUUGGACAAGGCAGAGCAGGAAGAAGGCUGGAAACUAAUUGACUUGAAUGAAGAAUACAAUCGCAUGGGUCUUCCAAAAAGUCUCUGGCAGAUUAGUGAUGUCAAUAGAGAUUACAGAGUAUGUGACUCAUACCCUACAGAGCUCUAUGUGCCAAAAUCUGCCUCUGUGCCAAUAAUCGUUGGCAGUUCCAAAUUCCGGAGCAGGGGAAGAUUUCCCACUCUUUCAUAUUACUGCCAAGAUAACAAUGCUUCUAUUUGUCGAAGUAGUCAGCCCUUGUCUGGCUUCAGUGCACGGUGCCUUGAGGAUGAACAGAUGCUGCAGGCUAUAAGAAAGGCAAAUCCAGGAAGUGAUUUCCUUUAUGUUGUUGAUACACGACCAAAGCUCAAUGCAAUGGCAAACAGAGCAGCAGGAAAAGGCUACGAGAAUGAAGACAACUAUUCCGAUAUUAAGUUUCAGUUUAUUGGUAUAGAAAACAUCCACGUCAUGAGGAGCAGUCUGCAAAAAAUGUUGGAAGUUUGUGAGCUCCGAUCUCCUUCUAUGGGAGACUUCCUUUGGGGGCUGGAAUCAUCUGGUUGGCUAAAGCACAUCAAAGCAAUUAUUGAUGCUGGGAUUUUCAUUGCAAAGGCUGUGUCAGAAGAAGGAGCCAGUGUUCUUGUCCAUUGCUCAGAUGGAUGGGAUCGGACAGCCCAGGUUUGCUCUAUUGCCAGUCUCCUGCUUGAUCCUUAUUACAGGACAAUAAAGGGAUUUAUGGUUUUAAUUGAAAAAGACUGGAUUUCGUUUGGUCAUAAAUUCAAUCACAGGUAUGGCAAUUUGGAUGGCGACCCAAAGGAAGUUUCCCCAGUGAUCGAUCAGUUUAUAGAGUGCGUUUGGCAACUGAUGGAACAGUUCCCGUGUGCAUUUGAGUUUAAUGAGAGGUUUCUGGCUCACAUUCAUCAUCAUAUUUACUCCUGCCAAUAUGGCAACUUCCUAUGCAACUGCCAGAAAGAGAGGAUAGAAAUGAGAGUCCAUGAAAGAACCUACUCACUCUGGUUGUACUUGUGGAAGCAGAGACUGGACUAUAUGAACCCACUGUAUCGAUCAGAUCACAGUCAGGCGCAAGGCACCCUGAGGCCUAACACUUCCCCCUCCAAUUUCAAGUUCUGGAGGGGUCUGUACAAUCGCUUUGAGAAAGGCAUGCACCCUCGCCAGUCUGUGACGGACUUCCUCCAGGCAGUGAAAGAAGAGACUCAGCAACUAGAGGAGGAGCUGGAGUUCAUGCAAAAGAGAUGGCAGCAGUUAAAUGGCACAAAGAAUUUUGAUGAAAGACCAGAAGGAGACAAGUUGCAGUUUAGUGCUACCGCCUUCACCUCCGCUAACAGUCCCCAGGAUUAUAGAUGCAACCUGAAGUCCUUCCCUUCCCGCAGCCCUUCACAGGGCGAAGAGAAUUCGGCCCUCAUUCUUACUCAGGAACACUUGAAGAGCUCAGAUCCAGAUCUAUCUGCUAAUAGUGAUCAGGAAUCGGGGGUGGAGGAUUUGAGUUGUAGGUCACCGAGUGGAGGAGAUUCAUUACCAAGUGAGGACAGUGGCAAAGACCCUGAUUCUGAUGAAGCCAUGUUCCUGCAUGCUUAAAAGGAGAAGGAAAGCUUCCAAAGCAGUUUCUUGCCACUAGAUUAGCCACAACAGUGCAAGCUAUAACACUAUAUUUAUUCUGCAGAAUGCUUUAUACCUGAGCAAACAGCUCUAGA